AUCUGAUCUCAGAAGAACAAUGCCGUAUCCAUUCACCCUCCCAACAACGUCCGCCUUCUCCUUCUCAUCCUCCUUCUCCUGCGACUCUCAUCCCUCGCUGCCCCUCAGCGCCAGCACGUAUCGCGGGGUCGUCCGAGAUGCCCUCAAGAAGCACAAGCGACUGCCGCCCUCGUCACAAACCGCCAAUCUCAGCACCGUCAUCUCCAGCUUAGAGCAGUACCUCCCGUAUCUCGCCGCGGUGGACGCGGGCCUGAGCAACCAGCCCGUCGGCGGCGAACCCGUCACCACAAUCCUGGAAUCGACUCCCUGCAUCUCAUGGCGACCAACGCUGUCGGGCGAUCUCGUGCCCGGGCGCGAACGGCCUCGCGUCAAAAUCAUUUCACUGGAGCACGAGCUCUAUUUCACGCUAUCGACACUGGGCUUCGCCAAUGUGCUCAUGGCAAGGGCCACGCUGCAGCCCCUGUAUUCCACGACGCUCGACUUUCAGGGGGGCCAGGAGAGGACGACGGUGAUGACGACGGCGACAAAGUAUCUCCUCGAAGCCGCCUCCAUAUAUGACUAUGCUGCCACAAGAAGUGAGCAGAUCAUUGGCAAUCCACCCUGCGCCGACAUUGCUCCCGCCACGCUCCGAGCUCUGGCGUCUCUCUGUCACGCUGAGGCAACGCUGUUGGCUGUGCUAAAGGACGACCCAUAUCCAGCCGCCGUGGCACAGGAUAGAAACAAGAGCGACAAAGAAUGGAUGUUCAAAGCACCCGACAUUCCAAAAGUCCGGGCUCAUCUCUACGCCCGUCUCUGCCUUGCCGCCUCAGAACAUGCCGCCAAGGCUUCCGCACUAUGCCAGUCAGCGAGAUCAGGCUCAGGCGGCAUCAGCUCAGGAUUCCUCCGGUACUUGGAGGACUUGCGACGAACAAGCCGCGCCAAAGCCUGCCGCUUCUUUGGCAUUGACGCAGAGCUGGGCGGAGACACGGCAGAGGGUAUCGCCUGGGUGCGCGCCGGCUUACACGAACUCGGCGUGGAGGUCAAGGACGCAAGCGCGAAGAAGGGUCUGAGCCUGAGUCGCACAAUCAAGGGCCUCAGCGAGAAGAGGGAGGAUCGCCGAGUGGACAAGGAAACCGCCUGGGGAGCCGACGCGGGGAAACUCGAAGAGACCCGGAUCCUCGAACUGCUCGACGCAAAGUGGAACAAGAUCAACGAUACGAUGAAUACGCGACCUAUUCCGCCCAUAAGCGCGUUGAUCAACAAGAUGCCUUCAGGUCGCGAGAUGCACACCAUCAAGCCGUAUCAGCUUCCCACUCUGGACCGAGAUGUGCUGGAGGCCAUGCGUGCGCCGCCGGAACACAGCGAGCCUCUUGAGGGAGAGGCAAGCUCUGAUGACGAGACUCUGGUAGAUACAGCAGCCAGUGAUGGGUACAAUAGGACGGGAACGCCAAGGGGUCAGUAUUACUGA